CAUGUCUGCCCCCUUGUUUGAAAGCGUGUGAUACGAAUAUAUUUGCAGUAACAUCUAUAUCCUAUUAGUAUAUUUAGGUCGGUAUCACUACGUAAGGGUGGGAUUGCCCCAGCAGUAUGACGUCAUUGGCUACACAGCUGAAGCGGUUGGCUGUUAAGCCUCAAGCUCAGGUACAAGCAGAUCACCUUAGAAGUGAUAAACAAAGGGCUUCAUUGCUGUUUGAUCUGAAAGAAGCAGCAAAUCUAGACAGAGACACUGUUUACUCACUUGGGUGUAUUGGUCUUGAGGAGCUGGCAUUGAUCGAUCCAUCGUUCCUGAAGUUCGAGAGGAGUAUUUUCCACUCGUCGUCUAAGACUCUGGAGAGAAGCAUUCAAGCGAAGGAUGUCAACCACGAGCUGAAUCGCAAUAUAGCCAACUUUCUCGUCCGUCUGUCCCCGUACUUUCUGCUGAAGCCGGCACACAAAUGCCUGGAGUGGCUGAUUCACAGGUUCCACAUUCACGUGUACAACGUCGACGACUUGAUGCGAUGCGUCUUGCCCUACCACGACGCGAACAUGUUUGUGAAGGUCGUCCAGCUUUUAAAGUUGGACACGCCACGCAACAGAUGGGCGUGGUUGGCACCAUUGCAAAAAGCAGGCGUACCACUGGAUAAAAAAUCAUUGGUCAGAUAUUGCAGCAAGGACCUGGGAUUCCUUUCCUUUGUUUGCGAUAUGGUCCCUACAGCACUGAAGGUCUACGGCUACAAGGCAACGACGACAAGUAUGCGGGUGCUGUUUUCAUUCUACGCGUCGACGAUCGUCCAGACGCUCCACUCUCUCUCCAAAGUCAGUAACGAGCUUGUUGCGCAGCUCGUCCCGUUUCUCGUCAAGGGCCUCAGGUCGGGUCUGAAGGACUACACGGCCGCCACCUACCUCAUCCUCAGCCAGCUGGCGAAGGUCGCGACCUUGGACCAGAAGGUCGUUCGAAAUCUGCUGGCCGAUGUUUGCAAGGGAAUGAUGGCAAAUCAGACGAUGGAAGCGUUGGGCUGCAUUGUUGUCAUUUUUCAACUGCAGAAAAUGAAGAAGAUCCCUGACAGGGUUGUGGAGAAGCUGGCUGAACAGCCACAGCUUGUCGCUGAACUGCAGCUGAUGAGCGAGCAGUACGACAUCGGCGAGUUCUUGAGCGCUCUCUGCUGUGAUUUAUUAUCUGCUGCUCUGCCGUUGCUCGUGGCGCCGACAUCAAUGCCAAAGGAGGAAAGGAAACUAGGCUACAAGCAGGCAUCCAGGUAUCUAAAGUUCCUCAUAAAGCUUGUACAGGAUGUGCCACUUGGGAAGCAGGUUGCCAUGACAAUCACAAAGUGCCUGUUAACUGAAUACUGCUCUGCACAUGCAAGUGGCAAAAAGACAGCAAGGAAGAGGCUGAGAUCUAGAGUGCAACCCCUUGUAAGGACCAUGGAGAUUAAGUGAGUAUACACAGCCAUUUUAAAUUGUUGUCUGAGACAUGUUUAGCAGAAAUAAAUGGUUGCAGGCAGAAGAACUAGUAGCAGUAAUAUAGAUAGUGUAAUCAGUAAUGUGUCAUAUGUAAGUGUCACAUGUGCUGUCCUUGAAAGCUAGGAUUUCAAAAAUAAUUUUUGACUGGUUUCAUGUUUUCGCCACUUUUACGUUACUUACCGUUAUUGCUUGAGUAACAACGACUGUCUAGACUCUAGAUUAGAACCCUCGUACUUAGCUAUAUGCCCCACAACAUACACGAUUUGAAUUUUGAUUACUCGUUUUGAUUUCCACUGCCAUUUCUUGCGAAUCUCGGACUUUCUCACGGUAGCGUGAGACAUCAGCCAGGGAUAAGUAAUGUAAAAAUCACACCAUGUUCACUACACAGA